CGAAUCGAAUGAAUCAAAACCUAAUCCAGAAACCCACCGACCUCAUCGGACUACCGGUACCGUAUGCUACUACGGUACGUAGCGCUAGUACUGUACUUCCGUACACUCGCGAGUCCCAUCCAAUACGGGCGAGGCCAGACUGAAAACACCAGGUUGUGUACUUUUCACAAAAACAGACAACAGGGACAAGCAACAAACGACAACAAAACCCAGGAACAACAAGAAGCACACCAACAGAACCAGAACCAGAACCAGAACCAGAAACACAGGCCGCAACCACAACCAGCAUGUCGUCGGCACCCCCGCCCCUUCCCAUGGGAGGCCCUCCUCCCGCUCUUCCCCUUCCCGGCGGACCCCCGCCGAUCCCGGUGGGCGGACUCCCCCCUCCCGGCGGCAUGGGAAUGUCCCAUCCGCCACCCUCCCGCGGAAGGGGGCGCUCGCCGUUUACGAACACCCUCCUGAUYACAAACCUUCCCUCCUUUUUCGUUGGAUACCAGCAGGUCCGGGACUGGCUGUAUCCRUGCGGGACGGCCAAGACGUGCAUCUUUUAUCCGCGGCCUCCGAAACGCAAGAACGACAAGGAGGAACACAACAAAAGCGCAAAGAAGGACAAGGAGGAAGGCGAAAACAAUGCUCCACCGCUGUCGAAAAAACAGACGGUCCUCGUGAACAUGAUCAAUCCCGACCACGCCACCAAGGUCGUGGCCUCCUUCCGGCUGUUCUCCGACAAGCUGGACGACCGCUACAAGGACAUUCGGUGCUACAUGGUUCCUUCCUCCCCGGACGUUCCGCUCCCCCCGCCGCUGCUCGACGAAGCGUCGCAGAAGAUCCUGGGCGAAAAACUCUGGCAGAAUUUCGUGAGCCUGGAAACCUCGCACGCCGAGGUCGAAUCCAAGCCGGGCAGCGAACCCCAGCAGCGCAAGGGAGCGGAGAGCGGCGGGAAAGCCGGCACCGAUGCCCCGGGGGCGUYGGCCACCGGCAACGCCGGCAGCAGCGGGAAYGACGGGGACGAGCCCAAGCUGCUGGACGCGGACAAGGCCGCGGCCGCCGCGGGGGGAGCGGGAGCCUACGACGCCGACGAGGACCCGCUGAACGCCCCGCAGGUCCUGGAGGCCGUAAAGGAAUUCCGCAGAAAGCUCGGCGAGACCCACGGCUCGCAAAAGUCGCAGCGGUCCGACGCGGUGGCCAGGAAGCUCGCCGAGCUGCGGCCGCGGRUCCGGGCGCGGGUCGAUGCGGAGCGCAAGGGGGCCGUCCUCCCGCUGCGGGCGCCGCCGCUGCCGACGUCCCUUCCUCAGCCCCCGCUUCCCCAGCCGCGGGGGGGCACGGGCCCUCCCCCGCCUCCCCCGGCGCUGGGACUCCCCCCGCCGCCCCGGGCCGCGGUGGCCGAUUCGGGAAAGCGCGGGCGAUCGAAUCUCCCGGCGUGGAUGACACAGCAGCAGCAACAGACACAACCGCCGCCGGCCGGAGACGGGCCGGCCGCGUCCAAGAGGGCCAGGACGGAGGGACAYCCCUCUCACUUCCCCUCGAACCUGCCGCCGUCGACYCACGCGCUGYUGCGCCAGUUCCUGGCCAACAAGGUCAAGGAAUCGAUGGGGGAGGAAGAGGCCACACUCAUCGACUUUUUGUACACGCACAUUCUCAAGGGGAAGGCCACCUCGGAGCUUCUCCAGGAACUGCAGGUGGUGCUGGACGACGAGGCCGAUGGCUUUCUGAACGCCGUAUGGGCCAAGGUCCAGGAAAUACAGCAACAACAAUAGCAAUAUCAAUAGCAAUUAUCACCAUAAGCAUUAGCCAUACACUCCCAUCGCACGUCUCGACAAAUAUUUUGAAAGUGGUGCUCCUCAACGGUGAGUGGUUCCCCGAGACAAUUUUCUCUAAAUCACUAGUAAUAGUCACAGGUGCUGCUUAGCAGUUGCACCAAAAAUUGCUGUACUCCAAAGGUACUACUCGGUGCAUGGUGAAAUGAUAGUAGUUGUAAUAGUACAGUGGRAAUACUAGUAGAAAUUUGCAUUAAUAACAAUAGUAAAACCUG